GCGAGGCCACUGGAGCCCGGUGAGCGCCCUCCUGCCCGCCGCCGCUUAUGCAACACAUCAUCGAAAACCAUCCGGACAUGGCAACGGCGCUGCUGGCUGGGGAGAAACUUAAGGAGCUGAUCCUGCCCGGGCAGCAGGACGACAAGACGGGCUCGCUGGCCGCGCUCCUCGUGCAGCUGAAGCUCGAGCUCCCUUUUGACCGCGUGGUCACCAUCGGCACCGUCCUCAUCCCGAUUGUCCUGGUCACGCUGGUCUUCACCAAGAACUUCGCCGAGGAGCCCAUAUACUGUUAUACACCACACAACUUCACCCGGGAUCAAGCCUUGUAUGCCAGAGGAUACUGUUGGACAGAGCUAAGAGAUGCAUUGCCAGGUGUAAAUGCCAGCCACUGGCCUUCUUUGUUUGAGCAUAAAUUUCUUCCAUAUGCCUUGCUGGCUUUUGCUGGCAUUAUGUACAUUCCAGCCCUUGGGUGGGAAUUCUUGGCUUCCACCAGACUGACUUCCGAACUUAACUUUUUGCUCCAGGAGAUAGAUAACUGCUAUCAUCGAGCAGCUGAAGGCCGUGCACCAAAAAUCGAAAAACAAAUCCAGUCAAAAGGGCCAGGGAUAACAGAACGUGAAAGAAGAGAAAUCAUUGAGAAUGCAGAGAAGGAAAAAAGCCCUGAGCAAAACCUGUUUGAGAAAUAUCUGGAGCGCAGAGGGCGUAGCAAUUUCCUAGCCAAGCUUUACUUGGCAAGACACCUCUUCAUCAUCUUUUUAAGCAUCAUCCCCAUCACAUACUUGUCCACCUAUUAUGCUACACAGAAACAAAAUGAAUUCACAUGUGCUCUAGGAGAGCCUCCAGACAAAACAAGCAAUUCCAAAUUGCUCAUACGGGUGAAUUGCAAGCUGCCCUCUGUUCAGCUGCAACGCAUAAUCGCUGGAGUGGACAUUGUCCUCCUUUGUUUCAUGAACUUGAUCAUCCUCAUCAAUUUAAUCCACCUUUUCAUAUUCCGCAAGUCCAAUUUUAUAUUUGACAAGCUGAACAAGGUUGGCAUAAAGACCAAGAAACAGUGGCAGAAAUCUCAGUUCUGUGAUAUUAAUAUCCUGGCCAUGUUUUGCAAUGAAAAUCGUGAUCACAUCAAGUCUCUAAACCGCUUGGAUUUCAUUACCAACGAAAGCGAUCUGAUGUAUGACAAUGUUGUGCGUCAGUUGCUGGCGGCUCUAGCCCAGUCUAAUCAUGAUAUUACCCCAACUGUACGUGAUUCUGGAAUACAAACAAUAGACCCCAACAUUAACCCUACAGACCUUGACCCUAAUGAGCCACUGAUUAUCAAGCGUCCUCGGAAGAAAAUGAAGUGGAUCCCGAGUACCAAUCCCCUUCCUCAGCCAUUCAAGGAGCAGCUAGCUACCAUGAAGGUUGAGAACAACAAACCUGAGAAGCCAAAGCCGGUGCGUCGGAAGACAGCAGCCGAUAGUCUGAUUGCACCUUUGCUGGAGACCAAUUCAAAACAUACCCAACCAUCCUCCGUUCACAAAACUGAAUCUAGUACUCUGUCCAGCACAGGUAAUGAAAAGAAGCAUACGCGUCACUUUUCCUUAGAUGUUCAACCAUAUAUAUUGAGUAAUAAGAAACCCAAGCAAGAAAUUCCAUCCAAUACGUCUAUGGCAACAUCCAAAAGCCAAGAGAGUGGAUUCUUAAACCAAGAAGACAAAGCCAUAGUUUGUGUCACUUCUUCUCUCAAAGAUUCUUCCCUUCCUGGAAAAGAGUCCCUUUAUUCCCGUGAUACCUGCAGGACAGUGCCUGCAACAGGGGUUUUUCUCACCUGUACCCAUAACCAUAUAGCAACAAAAGUCUCUCUACCCCAGACUAGUGAGGUAGAAUCAGGGCCUGUCCUGAAUUGCAACCCUGUGCAUCCACUUCUGCACAUCAAUACGCUAUAUGAAGAUCAUGAAGAAGAGGGCUCAAACCUUAUAGAUGAUUCUUUAGACAACAGAAUUCACUCUCCAUCAGAAAGCGGAAACAUCAUUUCUAUGCCUUCCACAAAACAAAUCAUGUUGGCAACUUUUGAUGAGCCCUUGGCAAUAGUGAAUUCGGUAGAAUAUUGA